ACAGGGGGCUCUGGAGGGCGUGGCGGCCGCCGUCCCGCAGCGGCCUGGGCGGGGACAGGGCCUCGGCUCCAGGCUGUAAUUUGCGAUAUAUUUGGCGGCGGCGGGCGGGAGAGCCGCGGGGCUAUAAGCGGCCGCGGGAGCCCACCCUGCACGCGCGAGUGGAGCAGGAAGCGACGGCGCUGGAACCCAUGGACACGUCGUUCCCCCGCGAGGACCCCCAGCCUCCCACGCCCCGCAAGGCCGACGGCGCGGCCCCCACGGCGCUCACGCUGGGGGCGCCGCGACCCCCGCCUCGAGACCACUUGGUCUGGUCGGUCUUCAGCACCCUCUACCUGAACCUGUGCUGCCUGGGCUUGCUGGCGCUGGCCUACUCCGUCAAGGCCCGAGACCAGAAGGUGGCUGGGGACCUGGAGGCCGCCCGGCGUUUCGGCUCCAAAGCCAAGUGCUACAACAUCCUGGCCGCCAUGUGGACACUGGUGCCCCCGCUGCUGCUCCUGGGGCUGGUGGUGACCGGCGCCCUGCACCUGGCCCGUCUGGCCAAGGACUCUGCAGCCUUCUUCAGCACCAAGUUUGACGACGGGGACUACGACUGACAGGCUGGGUCCUGACCCUGUCCUGACCUGGGCCCGAUCCCAGGACUGACCCAGGGUGCUGUCCAGGAGCGGCGCUGGCUCUCUGGAGCCUGACCCCACCCUGACCCUGGGGUCCUGCAGCCCCAGCAUGGGCACCGGCCCCAUUCAAACCCCGGGGCCUCCCCCUACCCUGGAGGGUCCCAGCCCCUAACUCUGUCCCCAGCCCGACUCCCUCCCUACUCCCCAGGCUCAGGCCCAGUUUCACAAUUAA